UGCUCAUCCCAUCUCGCCGAUAGAGGAAAAAAAAGGAAAAAAAGCUUCUACGCGCGUUCCAUUGUGCCUGCGGAGUAGUAUAAGCCAGCGAUGGCGGAGCACAAGGAGGAGUCUCUAAUGGAGAAGAUCAAGGAAAAGCUCCAUGGUGACUCUUCGUCCUCCGAUUCCGACGAUGAGAGGUCUGGCUUGUCGGCGGCUUCGUCCAUUAAGAAUAAGAUCUACCGCCUCUUUGGCCGUGAGAAGCCUGUUCACAAGGUUCUCGGUGGCGGCAAACCUGCUGACAUCUUCCUAUGGAGGAACAAGAAGAUCUCCGGCGGAGUUCUCGCGGGGGCCACAGCUAUCUGGGUGUUCUUUGAACUGAUGAAAUACCAUUUUCUCACUCUGCUUUGUAACUGUCUCAUACUUUCUUUGGCCAUCCUUUUCCUCUGGUCCAAUGCAACCACAUUCAUUAACAAGGAUCCACCUCACAUCCCCGAGGUGAAAAUUCCUGAAGAUUUAGUUGUGAACAUCGCUCUCUCAUUGAGGUAUGAGCUCAUCCGGGCCUUUGCUGCACUGAGAGACGUUGCAUCCGGCCGAGAUCUCAAGAAGUUCCUUGCUGUGAUUGCUGGAUUGUGGGUUCUAUCGGUCAUAGGCAGCUGCUGUAAUUUCUUGACAUUGUUGUAUAUCGCAUUUGUUACAUUGCACACGGUGCCCGUUCUUUAUGAGAAGUAUGAGGACAAGGUCGACUCCUUCGCAGAGAAGGCUUCUGCAGAGUUUAAGAAGCAUUAUGCUGUGUUUCACGCUAAGGUUGUAACUAAGAUUCCAAAGGCACAGCUGAAAGAUAAGAAGCAUUAAGCAAUUCGCCUGCAUUUUUGUAUUGAGUCUUCUUCCCAUCCUUACAUGAAGUGUGUUUGUUGGUCUCUCACUCUCAGUAUGGAUGAUUUUUUUUUAUACGGAGUGAUUCUGAGUUCAGAGUUCAGAGAUU